AUGGCCGACAAGAUUUUUGGCAGUGGGACGGGCCAGUGGGUGUGCCCCAACGACCGGCAGCUGGCACUGCGUGCCAAGCUCCAGACGGGCUGGUCGGUGCACACGUUCCAGACUGAGAAGCAGAGGAAGAUGCAGGCUCUGAGCCCGCAGGAACUUGAGGUCAUUCUGGAAGUCAUCCGCAAGGCGGAGAAAUUGGACCUCAUCGAGCAGCAGCGCAUCGGGCGCCUGGUGGAGCGGCUGGAGAACAUGAGAAAGAAUGUGAUGGGGAAUGGCCUCUCCCAGUGUCUGCUCUGCGGUGAAUUGCUUGGGCUGCUGGGCAGCACGUCGGUCUUUUGUCAGGAUUGCAAAAAGAAAGUUUGCACCAAGUGUGGAAUAGAAACCUGUGUAACCCAGAAACGUCCUCUUUGGUUGUGCAAGAUCUGCAGUGAACAGAGAGAGGUUUGGAAGAGGUCUGGUGCGUGGUUCUACAAAGGGCUGCCCAAGUACAUCACGCCUUUGAAGAGCAGCAGCAAAUCCAGUGAGCUGCCUUCGCAGCCUUGGCAAAGCGAGCCAGCCGUGCCGGAGGCAGAGAGCGUUGGGACCAGCCGAUCCUUCACCUGGGCCAGGGGAAAAGUGGUUUCUAGUGACAGUGAGAGUGACUCGGAGUUCAGUUCCUCCAGCAUGGAUGACAAGCCCUCACCUGCAGGGUCAAAAGGCUCGCAAGGCAGAAAGCACCGAGCAGGACUGGCACCCAUCGUGGAACCCAGCCAGGCCACAGGCAGGGCGCUGGGCAGCACCCACUCCCCUGCCCUCUCGGGGGACCGAAGCAGCCUGGGCAGCGAGCAGGGGGCUGCCCUCAGUGCCACAGAGAGCUGCCAGAGUGACCAGCCGGCAGAUGGGCGUGACAGUGACAUUGGCAGCAGAGCCCCUGGCAAACGGCGUGUCCACACCAGAACGAGAUGCUGA